CAUCCACACUCUUCUACUGUCUUCUUGAAACCGUGGUCUGUAAAUUUUGUGGAAUUUUGGCUUUCGUCUACUGUGUCUCUCGGUUCUAAUCAAGGAGAGACCUCGAAAAAUGGCUGGAGCUCUUAAAGCGACCACAGGCCUCACGGGUCUUGCAGUUAGUCAAACUCCACAUCAUACUUUGACGAUGCUCUACGGUAAAAUUCGUAGAGCACUAGACAGACUGCCAAGUGAUUAUGCAUACAGACGUUAUACCGAAGAAAUAAUAAAACAAAGGGAGAGUAUCGUUAAAAAUAAUUCAAGCGUAGAAGAAAUUGAAAAACAGAUCGACGGGGGUCAAGUCGAAGAACUUAUCAUUCAAGCCAACAACGAAUUGCAGUUGGUACGUAAUAUGCUGGAAUGGAAAACAUGGGAACCGCUAAUCGAAGAGGAGCCACAGCAUCAAUGGACAUGGCCACCCCACAAGUAAUUUUGACUUAAAUUAUAGAAACUUGUAUAUUGUAAAUUAUUAUAUAUCGUAGUCUUUAAAUGAAAAAUAUUUACACUUGA